GUGCAAGUCACCCCCUAAGAAUCCUUAAGUCGCGCCGCAUCUCUCAUCAACCUCCUGUCUUAUGACUGGCGACGCAUAAGUCUAGGUUCAGCAGCAAUGUCUCGUACACAAGCAUCCCGUACAGAGCACAGUGACGAAGAUCAUGGGCGUCCCGAUGACGAGAAAAAGUCUAGGAACAGAAGACCAGCGAACACCGCUUUUCGGCAACAGCGCCUGAAAGCCUGGCAGCCUAUUUUGACCCCUAAGAGCGUAUUGCCUCUCUUCUUUGUCAUCGGCGUAAUUUUUGCUCCCAUCGGUGGUCUUUUGCUAUGGGCAAGCUCGCAGGUCCAAGAGAUUGUCAUAGACUAUUCAGAAUGUGCCGACAAGGCAUCGUCCCAGCCAACUUCCAUUACGGAUAGAGUGAAAACUUCGUUCAAGUCCAGCAAAGAACAGUCAACACCGACUUGGCAGAGCCUAGACAAAAACGGGACAACUGUUUGUCGCUUGAUCUUCGAAAUUCCAGAUAAAUUAGAGCCGCCCGUAUUCAUGUACUAUCGCCUGACCAAUUUCUACCAGAACCACCGCAGAUACGUCAAGUCACUCGAUAUUGAUCAGCUGAAAGGGAAGGCUGUUGACAAUGACACUAUCAAAGGAGGAUCUUGUGAUCCUCUUGAACUUGACCCUUCUGGAAAGGCGUAUUAUCCAUGCGGUCUUAUCGCAAAUUCGCAAUUUAAUGAUACAAUUAGCAGCCCACAGCUUUUGAAUGGCGAUGAUGCUCAGACAUAUUACAUGACUAACAAAGGUAUAGCAUGGGACAGUGACAAACAGCUGAUUAAGAAAACCCAGUACGAUAAGUGGCAGGUCGUUCCUCCUCCUAAUUGGCAUGAUCGCUAUCCAAAUGGAUAUGUUGACGGGAUACCGAAUCUUCAUGAGGAUGAAGAAUUUAUGGUAUGGAUGAGAACCGCAGCAUUGCCGGCUUUCAGCAAAUUAUCGCGGAGAAAUGACACAUCGGCCAUGGCUGCUGGAAGCUAUCAGCUUGAUAUCGAGGAUCGCUUUCCAGUCACGGAGUACGGUGGUACGAAGUCGAUACUCAUAUCCACUCGGACUGUUAUUGGUGGUCAAAACCCGUUUAUGGGCAUUGCGUAUGUAGUUGUUGGUGGAGUGUGCAUUGUGCUCGGCGCACUUUUUACCAUCGCUCACCUAGUACGACCCAGAAAACUCGGCGAUCAUACUUACUUGACGUGGAACAAUGAUCAUGAUAGCUCUGCCACUUCAACAGGAAGAGAUGAGAGGUUUGGGUCCCAUGCUCCUUAGCGAUAUCCACCGUUCGCUCGUCCCAUGGCCUGCCUCAGGAAUGUAUUCUCUCUCUUUCUAUUUUCCAAGCAGUCCUGCUCGUUGUAUGGUGGUUGCGUUUCUCGACCCGGACCUACAUGUUUCUGAGGGCUGUAUUCAUGGAGUUGCUCGGAUUGUGCCUCACUUUCGUCUAUACAAAUUGAUCAGAGCUGUUCUAAGUUGUCUGCUCUUCUGAUCAGACGCGUGCGGGAAAACACUGUUUUUGUUCUUCCAAUCUGCGCAUGCAUCCCUAGCUGCGGCAUUCUUGAACGUACGGAA